CGCUCUGAAGUACUUGUCAGGUAGACAAAUGUCAGCUGGAAACGUAUGUGGAAGAAGAGUCCUGUUGGCAAAGGUUCCGAAAAGGCACCAGUGUUGCUCUCACUCGCACGCUGACUCAAAGAGCCAUUUGGCCCAUCGGGGAGACGCGGUGGUGGCUGAUCAAAUACUUUGCUUGAAGGCUUUGGCAUUCUCUUGAGAAGGCGUGCGACCAUCUUCGCGGCACCCAUGAUGUGCUCGGCGUAUGCAGAACUAGUGGUAGCCACGACGGCCUCAAACAUGCCUAGUAAAAUGCUCGUGCCUAACAUCUCGACCGAGGGACGUGCUCUUGCGGAGUUUUCUGCUUCUUCGGCGGCCAAUGCUUUUCCUUGCCCGCGCAAGGCUGCUCCAUAAAGCCGGGAAGCAUAUUCUAGAAGAGAGACAUUUCUUGUCUCUAUACCACUGAAAGCUGCCGUAGUGGCGCGAAGCGCAAAGGAAAGUGCCUGUCUAGGCGUAUCAUCUUGUCCCUGUUUGUUGAUAUCGGCAUGAUUCGAAGCCAGUUUUGGUAGAACGUGAAGCCAGGUAGGCGUACGGCGUGGAGCGCCAGGCAGGUGGCGGCCGUCGGCACAGAAAAAACGCACCAGAUUGGAGUAGAAGGCUUCGUGGAGAACGUAUCGUGGGCUGACAUGGACUGUUAGAUCAUAUGCCAAUUCAUAGGGCAAUUGAUCAUCAGUAUUCCCUGAAACGGUUUUGGGGUCGUUCCCCUUGCCGCCUCGUAGAGAACUCGAUUGCCCCGGACUCGGCAGAUAACGGUUCUGUGUCCCAACAUGAACAAGUGCAGUACCCUGUUCUCUUGCUGGAGCAGAUGCCACCCUGGAUUUCUUGGGUCUCUUUCCCGAGGGAUAGGCGGAGUUGUCAAUGAAUAGUAGUGGUGCAUCGGUUGGACCAGGGCACUGGCGUCCGAACUUCAGGCACAUGGUGCAAUGAGGCAUGGUGGCGUCGCAUUUGAUUCGCUUUUUCCGACAUAUCGCGCAGGCUUUUGUGCGGCGUGGCAUAACGAUGGCGAAUUGACUUGUAAUAGGGCUGUUGCC